AGGCUAAGGCGGGGAUUUAGACCAUGCUAGGGGCGGAGCUUGCGGAGUAAGAUGGCGGCCGCCAGGGCCUUGUCCCUAACUGCCGAGGCGGUCAGGGCUGCCAUUCCUAGGCGCCGGGAAAGGCUCCUCGCCGUCUUUCCCAGGCUUUUGACCCGCUGGGAAACAACGUCCUCCAUUCCAGAGGCUGGCGAGGGGCAGAUCCACCUCACAGACAGCUGCGUCCAGAGGCUUCUGGAAAUCACCGAAGGGUCAGAGUUCCUCAGGCUGCAAGUAGAGGGAGGUGGAUGCUCCGGAUUCCAAUACAAAUUUUCACUGGAUACAGUUAUUAACCCCGACGACAGGGUAUUUGAACAGGGUGGGGCAAGAGUAGUGGUUGACGCUGAUAGCUUGGCCUUCGUUAAGGGAGCCCAGGUGGACUUCAGCCAAGAACUAAUCCGAAGCUCAUUCCAAGUGUUGAAUAACCCUCAAGCCCAGCAAGGCUGCUCCUGUGGGUCAUCCUUCUCUGUCAAAAUCUGACACCAUGACAGAGGACCCAGGGAUUGCCACCCUGGUACCAGUGUGAACAACCUGGGAAUAGUAGACUUCUAGAGGUUUCUUUCUCAUCAUGUCCGGCUCUCAUUUUAUUUAAUUUAAUCCAGGAGUGUCUUAUUUUACCACUAUUAAUUAUGGAAUGUGAAGCUUUACCCUUGGCCGAAAUACUCUCCCCUUCCCCAGUACAAUCUUCAGGCCAAAUCCAAAGGCUGUUACCUCAACUUUAAUCACUGGUUGGAAUCCAGUAUAAUUUGUAGCACCUCUAGGACUCCAAGAUUUGGAGUUAACUUCUCUAGCCCUCAGAAUUGUUUAUGUGUGUGUGUAGCUAUCUAUAAAGCAUCAUUAUAAACCGA